CAUAAAUGUUCGCUCGCCUCUUCGCUGGAGUACUACCUGCACUGGCAGCUACAACAGUACCGCCAAGUUUCUAGGUCUCAUACCCGUUGUUGCUGAUGUUGCUGCGGUCGUUGGCCUUAGCUGUAGCGGAGUCACCGUUGUCGGCACCAGUUCUGGUUGUGAUGUUAACCAGGAGCCUCUGUGCUGCACCGACAACAAAUAUGAUGACCUUUCUCGCCGGAACAUGCCGAUCCUCCUCUCACCGCAACUACCACGUCAACGCCUGGACCGUUUGUCAAGCACGAUACGACCCCUUUUAUGAGUACCUAUCCUUUCAAUUCCUAUCGCUCGCUAAACCCUUCCUUUCGUUACUGUUCCUCCAUUCGUAACACCGCCGUCGUCACCCUGUCAACAACUCUUAUAUCAUUCUCUCGCUACUCUAUCAAAUACAACGCCACUCCCUUCAGC